ACUGUGGAUACCCAGUAACCUAUUUCUAGGAUCAAAAGUUAAGACCAUGCCUGUAACUUAUAAUCUACCCAUAUACUAACAUUAGUUUAAAUCUAUUUAGCCAUUACGGUGAUUAAAUAAUUAAAAUCUAUUAACUUUCGUAAUAAUCGUACAUGUCUAGUGAUUAGAAUGUGGUUAAUUAUUAGUCAUUUUAAAUAGAGUUUGGCAAUACUGGGUGAUUAGCGUAAUGAGCGAUGCGAUUUGCCGGGGUUAUAUGGGCGAGCGGGCGGGCUGGAAACGUCAGUCGGAGUUCAUCGUCUGUCAGAGAUAGACAUACGUCGCGGGUUCAUAUGUGAAGUUAUUUGUUUCUUUAUUAUUUUACUCGUUGCGAGAAAGUGAUAGAUUGUGUUAAUCAAGGUGAUUGUUUUAUCUUAUUUUCUUUUAUUUGUGAUUGAUAAAGCGGCGUAAUCAUGGAUGCCCGCAAUAACGAAGAAAGUAACAUUUCUGAUGUUGUUGAUAAUUUGAUGAAUAUGUUCGGUAAGGUGAUGAGUAAAGAUGUCAUAUCUGCCGUUGUGGAAAGCUGCGACGGUGACCUGAACCUUUCGGUGGACGCCAUAAUGAACAUUACUAACGAUGGCAAUGUAAUGUUAGAUGAGGAGCAGCCAGCUGUAAAUCAAAAUGUUGCUUGUCAUAUACCAGUGGUCACUCAGCCAAAAGUAAAGCAAGCAGCAGUGAUGCAACCAGGAAUUGCCGAACCAGUAGAAACUCAACCACAAUCAACGCAACUAACCCAACCUUCAUCUUCAUAUGCAACAAUUUCUUCAGCAAAACCUAUUUCAAACACUGGUACUAUACCAAAAAGUCAUAAUGCUCCAACCCCGCAAAUAGAUUCCACUUGGACUGAGCAAAUUAGAAACAUAAUAUGCAACCACAAUCAAGGUAGCAGAAUACUGAUUCUUAUGAGAGGUGUUCCAGGGAGUGGUAAAUCAUAUUUGGCUCGAAAAUUAGUAGAUAUGAUGGUUGGCGGCAGUCAUAACAAUUAUAGAGCUCAUAUAUUAACAACAGAUGACUACUUCAUGAUCAGGGGUCAAUAUCAAUAUGAUAAGUUUAGAUUAUCAGAAGCACACACAUGGAAUCAACAAAGGGCUCGAAAUGUGUUGAGAAUGGGAAUGAGUCCUGUUAUAAUAGAUAAUACUAAUAUUGAAUUAUGGGAAAUGGAGCCUUAUUUAAGAGAGGGUGUUAAGAAUGGUUACAUUAUUGAAGUAGUGGAACCAACAACACCUUGGGCUAAAAAAGCUAAUAUACUUCUAAGAAAGAAUGUCCACAAUGUGCCAUUAGUUACCAUAAAAAGAAUGCUAGAAAAUUACCGCGAGGGUGUAACUGGCGAAAUUUUGAAGAAUGCAUUUGGUUUGUCUUAUCCUAGAAGUAUGGUUCCUCCUGUGCAGCGUAAUAUUCCUUGUGUUACAAAGAAGGAAAAUGUUCAACAAGACACUACCGCCACCACUAUUGAACCUGCAACAGCCACUACUUCUGCUGCUGAAACAAAUCCAAACAAACAAUUUUUUCGUUCAUCAGCGUCGUCGGUGAGUGAUAUGGAAAAGACGAACCAACAGAUUGUUGAUAAUGAUACCGUGCAGCAGGAAGCCUCCCAAAACGAGACUCCGAAUUUUUCAGGUGUUCACAUCACUCCGCGGACCCAAGAAAUGGUAGACGACCCCUUCGAUGCCCGAGAAAAAGAACUCGAGGAAAUUCAGAAAGCAGAAAUAGAAUGGGAAAAUGGUGAUAAUUGGGAAGUUGAAGAGCAAUCUUCAAAACAAACUGACAAAAAUAAUACCUCUGCUACAUCGAUACCAGAAGCAAAACCUCAAAGAAAACCUCGUACUUCAUCAGAAGCUCUACAAGAAUCUGCGGAAACCCUUAUGCAAAACGUUAGCGGUUGUCAAGACUGGAGCAAAAUAUCGUUAUUUAUGCCGUCUUGGGGUGACUCAGCUACCGCCGUACCAAAUAUUACUGUACCUUACGACGUACCAGUUGAAACUUCAUCUUCGGAAACCUGUGUGGAAAUCGGGGAUACAGAUGUCAACGGAAAAUACAAGGUCAUCAGUGCUACUCCUCGUAACAUAAACCACCUUCACGUUUCAUUCCGCCGUGAAAAGAUACCAGAAAAGUUCAUGCUAGAUAAAAGUAGCAUGACUAACGAGGUAAUGCUAUUAGAAAAUGAUGAUUAUGUUUGUCCAAAUACAGAACAGCAUUUUAUUUCGCUUAGAAAGAUGUUCAGGAAUAUUGCUCGCUCCGAUUUAAGGGAUAUCUUCGACAAAUGUCGCGGUGAUGUAAACUGGAGUGUGGAUAUCGUUCUCGACGGAAUGAAUAAUAAUCAGUUAAAAAUAGUGGACAUUGAAGAACUGUCAGACGAUGAAGAAGAAAGUUCAGAACCGUGCUCAUGCCUGGCUCAUUAUAAUAUUAUACCAAAUAUAGCUACAACCAGUGCAAAACAAACCCCUAUCGAAGAAAAAAAAGAUAAGGUAACAGAAGUGAUAAACUCAAGGUCUCAAGCACAAAAGAAGGAAAGGAAGCGUGACAUUGUCAUGUCAGAUGAAAAUAUUCAAAUCAAAAGGCAAAUAGAACAGAAUGUAGUCAUAGCUGACAACCACUAUUCGAAACACUGCCUGAAAAUACGGAAGAUACGUCGCGGAGAACCAGAUGUGAACGAGUAUGGUGAAGAACUUGGAGCUGCUGCGCUCUCACAAGCUACGCUUUCUGAUAGUUCUAACUCUGUAGAUAUGGAAGUUAGUGAUGACGAGAAUAGCUCUUCUGAGUCUAGUGUAAGUGGUGUUGAUGAUGAUGUAAUAGUCACUUUUAAUGUGGGCCACCCUUUCAUAGAAGAAUUAGAUGAAAAACUAGGCAGGAAGGGUAUUGAAUAUCCAUCCUUCAUAGUGCCAAGGAUUAGUGUACCGAUGUCGUUAUUGAAUGAAGUCAGUGCCUUAUGGAUGGAAUCGUUAACAUUUCAGUUAGAUGAGCACGCGAACCAGGCUGCAGCUAUGAUGCAACAAGAUGAAGACUUUGCAAGACAACUAGAGUUGAAGGAAACAGAAAUGUCUCUCGCCGGUAAGGAACCAGAUGUACCAGACUUCAAAGAAAUAAUGGAUAUGGAUAUGGCACUGGCCAUCUAUCAGAAGGAUGUGGGUGAAUGGCGCAAUAACAUGCCAACAGAUUUGGCGGCUAAGAUGACUAGAGAUAAACUCUUCAACUUGUUCCCAGAAGUUAGUCAGGAUACGCUUACUGAACUGCUCAUGGCUCACGAUAACAACUUUAAUGCUACUGUCGAGGUAUUGCUCUCAUCCACCGGUCGGAGUGACGUUUUGGAACAAAAGAACGGCAUCAAUAAAUUCGUGAUGGCAGAAGAAAUGAAGGUCAAGGACAAGAUUUUAGAGGAACAGAAGAAGGAACUAUCGGAGACGGAGUGGCCACUGCUGAGCAAAGGUCAAAAAGUCGACAUGGCUACGGUGGACGCAUAUCGCGAACAAGCUGACAACCAUCUUGCUCGGCGUAACCUAAAUUACCAGAAGGCUCAAGAAUACAUUCGUCGUGCCAUGCCUCAGGUUGCUAACUAUUACUCGGAACUUGCUAACUUCCAUAAGCAGAAAUAUGAGUACGCGAACAGUAUGGCUGCGGCUACCUUGAUGCAAUUCCACGCAGCGAACAAUCCGGAUAGCACCACCAUAGAUCUCCAUUACUUGCGCGUGAAAGAAGCCCGAGAGUCUCUCGACAUAUUCAUCGACACCCACAUCACCAAGCUCAGAGAUUCAGGAGUACGUCGCAACCAGGUGUUGUUCUUCAUUACUGGCCGUGGAAUUCAUAGCCAGGGACGUGCUCGAAUAAAACCAGCCAUGGUUGAACGCUUGAAGCAACGUGGCCUUGGAUUUACAUUUAAGAAUCCCGGCCUGGUUGCUGCUAAAGUGAGCGUAAACAACAAGUUAACAUACCAAGUGUCUGUUCCCUAGGGAACGUGCAGCCAAGACAGUGACACCUUCUUCUAUAGGAGACCGUGUCAUGUCUUGCUUGUAUUCGAUGGCGCUUUUACAUUUUACAAUGGCAGAGAAUACCCAGUUUUCUUCCCAGUUCUUGCUACCUACGGACCCGUCGUCUAUUGCUUACGCGCCUGCACAGAUUUCAGGUUUGCCAAAGAACUUACCAUUUGGCCAAAGUCGGAUGAUUUAGAGUUACUCACUAAAUUGUCCCAAAUAAGCAUCAUUUGUGAUCCACCGUUUUAUUAUGUUAAUUUUAAUGCGUUCAGCGUCUAUCGUUACCAACCAUAUAUGUAUUUUCCGAUAUUGCCUCCGCCACCCGCCGUCAUUACUGAGAUAUCGAGGGCUUGGCCUGGUCUCGUCUAGUUCGUAUGGUGUAGGGAUCUUCGGCGACCAAAACAUCGCCAAAUAUUUUACCAGUAAUGUUUUCUAGUUCAUGGUUCGUUGUCUAUUAUAAAUCGAAAACAAACCAGUGUUUUAGGUAGUAGUUUUAAUACUUGUAAUCUCAAUGCCACGGGAUUAGGGUUUAUAUCGUAAUAUGCAAAAUGUUUCAAAGGAAUUUCAAUUAUAUACGCAUCACAGUAAAAACCCACGAAUCAUAUUAUAUAGAAUAAGUUUUAAAUGUUUGCUCAAAAGGAAAGUUUUAGUUUAUAUCUUUUAAGUAUUACCAAAAUAAUAAUUUUAGUAGAAACGAUAACGUAAAUAAUUGAGUUUCUACCGUUUUUAUGUACAAUUUGACCAAUUUUGAAUACUAAUCAAACGGACGAAGUAGCUUUUGCACAAUAUAGUUACAUUGUCGAUUGAUAACGUUAUACAAUAGGCUUUUAGGCAAACCAUGUCACUGUAAUCACAUUAAGACUCGAUAGUAUUUCGCUUUAACAUUUGAUAAAACAAUUAUUUUUAUCGCACUUUUAUAUCAGCUUACUAGCCUUCACAGGUCCUGUAUUAUAUUGCUUGGUAUUUUUGCCAUACGAUGUCAUGAAGUUUGUCUUCUAAAACGAUCUAAAAGUACAAUUGUAAAUUAAAUUUGUUUAAAAAUACUGCUUGAUAAUAUAGUACCUGUGUUGGCAAGCAUUAAACCACAUUAUUUGAUAAUAUUAGUUACUAUAAGUUCAUUGUCUGUGAUCGUUACAGGGUGUAAAAAACUGUUUUCUUUAAACCCGCUAAUAAUAAUUAAUAUAAUCGAAGUGUUUGACAUAUUGGUUUGUUUAUCUCCUAUUAUUGGACCGUCCAAACACCCCUGUUUACCUUUUGGUAUUCCCUCCCAAAGACAAGAACAAGUAACUAUUUAAUGAAUAAAUAAAAUUAUAUUUUGAUCUUAUAUUUCGCUUGAAAUAUUUGUCUAUCUCUACUUCAGUACAUAAAGAUAUUUUAAUCAACAUUCAACUUUAUUUACACACCCCUAGUACCUAAUAUUAGUUGCCUAUAUGAUAUUAUUUUUCUUAUCUUGUGGACCACCCCAAACUUCAUACCUCAUUAAGUAUUUUUUCGUACAAAUGUUUUUAAGACAGUACAUAUUCAUAAAUCAUAAGACAGUCAACCACACCUAAAGCGGUAUACAGACGAGUUUAGUAAUCGAAUUUGUUAUAAUUAUAUCUUACAUUAUUAUCUGAACAUUGUAACUUGAAGCCGACAUUAUAUACAUGACUUUAUAUCGAAUUGAAUAGUUUUUUAACUUUAAUAUACAAGAAAUUGGGAAAAUUUUGCAAAUUGAACUUUAAUGUUGUAAGCUCAAAGAUGGUAUUUGUAUCUUCUAAAACAUUUUGAACAUUGACGAUUGUGCCAAAAACGCACUUGUAAAGGAAUUCGUGUGCUGGUAUAACAAUCCUAAACAGGGAUUUGGAACAUGUUAAAGAUUUAUAAUGAUGCCUUUUUAUAAAAAUUACCAAGGCUGAAAGUCUAUUUUGGGUAAAUUAUUGAAAAUUUGUGGCUUUUUGGCCGAAUAAAGUAUAAAAUUCGUACAUCUUAUUUUAUUAUAAUGGGCUAAAGUUUUUGAAGGUUUACUGAAAGUUAAAAAUCGUCGGAGUAUCAUUAGAUAUUUUUGGCUGUUGACUAUGCCACUCUUUGAAACGAACAAACAUAAUUAUUAUGUAGUGUGUGCAUUGCAUAUUUUGAUGUCUAUGCUUAUUACAAUAAGAUUCAUAUCGUAGGGCAUUUAGCCAUUUUUGGAAUUUUAUCUUAGACAGUCCUUUUACGGACUUUAGGUGUAGAAUUUAGGAUUUAGAAAUAAGUGAUUACAAAGUUUAGCUAUGUAGGAAUAAGCGAUUUCAAAGAUUAUCUUAUAGGAUUAGGGAUCGCUCAGGCUUAUUCGUGUCCAUGCAGUUCAGAGAUAGAAUUUCCAGAAGUUUCUAUUAACAUCGAUAGCAUCGCAGGUGGUGUUCAUGCGAAUAAGUCGGGAUUAUCCAGUGACACAAAAGUAGAUAUGUAGUUUGACACUAAGGUAGAUGAAGCAUUUGAACAGUCUUAGGAAGAUAGUAUUUUUAACAAGUUAACUGUCCAAGCAGUCACCAACAAAUAGCGAUGAACUUUUGGAAUAUAAUAAUGUGUCACAUGUGACUAAUUUUUGGUACAAUUUUAGGAUGUAUUGCUGAUAUGAGCGUGGCACCAAAUUCUAAUAAGAACUACUUGAAUAUGUAGCCAAAAACCUGAACUUUAAAAAAGUAAUGGAUGUAGGUAAUUGUAAAUUUCAUUAUAUGGGGACAGUUAAGUUGUUAAAACUUUGUGUACUCCGUUGUGGACUGUCCAGUGCAUCGUCUGUCCCAGUAGUAUUUUUGGAUUCCCACCUCUUGUCGUAUGUGACACUUUAGAUGUUUUUACUCGUCUUUACAAUAUACGUAGGUGCCUCUAGGGCACCUUUAGUACAUUAGAUUUAGGUACAUAAUUAUAUGCAUUGUGUUCAGCACGGAAUGGUUUUGUAUGAACAGACAAUUGUUUGAAUGGGUCGACUAGAGACCUAUUGGUCUUUGAUAGGGAUCCUAUUCUCCACUGGAGUGAGUUUAAGUCUCACUACGUAGCGACAUACGUAAUAAGGCGAGAACUAAAAUUCUUUAUAGAUAUUGCAGUUUUAUUCUUGUGCUGGACGCAGUGCUUAAGCACUUAGGUUAGCAAUGAUGCGUGUUAGAUGUUAGGUCUUAGAAUUAAAUUUUUAUUUGACUAUAAUUUAACUAUAAGUUCAUAAGAUUUCUUUUAACUUGCUGGUUUUAAUUCGUUCUUUCAUUUGCAGCUAGUGAACGAAGAAGUGAGUUUCGGUACUAAAUAUGCCAAAGACAGAAUUUUUUUUUGAUAGUAAUAUAGUAUGAUGGACACGGUUAAAGCCUAGUCAAGUUGAAAUUUAAGUAUAGAGUCUUCUACGGGAAAUAUUUGUGAUAAGAGUCAUUGAGUUUGGUGCUUCGGAGUCGCGUGAUAGUUAUACAUGUUUAGGAAUGUUUUAAACAGGUUUAAAUGCAAGUGCAAUGUGAAUUGACAAAUUUAACGACAUUUUAAAUGUCAUAUUUUAUUGUUGGUUUUCGCUUUUGUGCUUAUAAACGCACUCGCUAGAGUAUAUUGCUGUUGAUCUAUAUCAAUUCUCAAUACUUUUAUACGUUUCUAUUCAGAAAUGUAUUGUAACAAUUUCGAAAUAAAAUGAAACGAAAUUCCAGUCAAUUAAGAAUGCAAUUAAUAAAUCGUACUAUACAUAAACCCUAUUUUAAUAAACAACUUAUUAGAACGAAUACGCACAAUGAAAUUUAGAAAUAAGAAUAGCAAUAUACUCUGAUCUGUAAUUUUGCUAAACGCUAAAGCUAACUUUAAACAUCUUAAAAUAAGAUUUAAAAUCGACUUGAUAAUUUUGCAUUGAUGCUUGAAAACGCCUAAGGAUAGGGUGCUAAAUAUAUAGCUUUUUAUUUGCUUGAUUUUGAAUCAAAAUUUAAAUAUAAGCUGGGUACACACGUUAUUGGCGUGGUAUCUAUUCGUUGGUAGUAAUUUUAUAAGGACAUGUUUCCUUAUGUGGAAGACAAUAAGGUCCUUUUUACGAUGGUUUUGUACCGAAGAUUGUAGAUUUUCUAUGUGAGAUGAUACUAACACAAAUAUCGUAUUGAUUGCGCAUUACAUUUGAAGAUAUUUUCUAUACUAGUUUGCAACGGUAGAUCUCAUGAGGAUUCAGUAGAAUUUAAUUAUCAAUAAUUUGGUUACGGUUUUCUUAUAAAUCUAUGAAAAUUUUGUUAUUUUAAUGUACGAAAUUAAAACUUUCGUUAUUUUUGUUAUAGAUUUUAAUAAUUUUUGAUGCCAUUUUUGAACAAUAUCUUAUUAUAAUCUGUGUUAGAUUUUAAGUCACUUUUAUGUGUAUUUUUGUGUGAAAUGUCUGUCAAUUAAAAGACAAAUAAAUGUAUGUGUCUACAUUCUUGUUUUAUUUUGCUUUC